UGGACACAGAAUAAUAUAUUAUUGUUUAAUGACAGUAAAGAGUUUGAAGCUCUAUUAUUUAUAACUUUAUUGAAUGCAGUUGUUAGCCUUAUAUUUUCUUUUAUCUAUGUUUGACUACUCCUUGAAAUCCCCAUUUUUAUUGUAUUUUCUGUCUAUGUUCUUUUAAUUUCUCUAUGUUCGCUAUCUCAUUUCUCUAUGUUGAAAUCCAGUAUGUACGCUAAAACUGAACCUAUAUUUUAUGGAAACUGUAUUUUGUGAAGCACCUUGUUACUCUGGUUUUGAAAGACGCUAUAGAAAGUUUACUUAUAGCAUGCAAGUAAAUUUUGUCAGGUAAAAUCUGGUAUGACCGCACCUUUAUUAACAUAGGAUCUGACCUCAUGCUAUUUCACAGCAUAGCUCCACCCAAAGCUUAAGAUUUAAUCAGCCAGUAUGACUGAAAACACCUGUGGAGGUGAGCUUGGCCUUAAGAUAAAGUUAAAGAUCAUUGAGCUCACCUUUGUUUACCUGGUGCAGUAAAAAUCUGCAUUAAUCCUGCCUAAUGUUUCCCCUGUUUGCAAAACAAGCCUCCUGACAGAAGCAGGUGAUGACGGUCUGUUCGUCUGCCGGCUGGAAAACUCCGCUCUGGCCAUAGAGAAGGAGUCCAGAUUGCUGUUGUAUCAGGACAUGGAGCCAGACCUGGACAACCUCAGCUGCUCUGACAGGCUCUCUAGAGCUCAGUUCAUCAUUUCCCUCAGUCAAGAAGAACACAACCAGACGAUCCCUCAUCAGUCCUCCCCUACAGUCUGGCAGGCCCUGUAUGCUGAUAGAUAUACAUGCCAGGAAAGCGCAGCGAUUCCUUCUCAUGCUGAUCUCACUUUUACCGUCCUGCUGUUCAACGCCGACUCAGCAGGAAACCCUCUGGAUCACUUCAGUGCAGAGGAGGCAGGUCUCCACAGUUUCUACUUCCUCCUGCUGCUGGCCUACUUCAUAGCCUGCUGUAUCUACAUCCAGCCUCUGUACCAGGCUCUGAGGAAAGGAGGUCCCAUGCACACUGUCCUCAAAGUGCUGACCACAGCGCUGGCGUUACAGUGCUGCUCUGCUCUCUGCAACUACAUCCACUUGGCCAGGUACUCCAGAGACGGUGUUGGUAUCCCUCUGAUGGGCAGUCUGGCAGAGUUCUGGGAUAUGGUGUCCCAGGUGUCCAUGCUGUACACGUUACUGAGCCUGUGUAUGGGCUGGACUCUGAGUCGAGGCCGGAAGCCUCAGUCCAGACCUCUGCAGUGGGAACAGUCUCCGGCUUCAACGGCCGUCGCUGUUGGUGGAGUCGUUACACAGGGCGUGCUGCUGCUGUGGGAGCAGUAUUCAGAGUCAGAGAGCGACCAUCACAGCUAUCACGCCCAGCAGAGUCUGGCAGGCCUCCUCCUCAUAGCUCUGAGAGUAGGCCUGGCCCUCCUGCUGGCCUCCGUCCUCUACCAGAUCAUCUCCACUGAGAGGAGCACCCUGAAGAGAGACUUCUACCUCUGCUUCGCCAAGGGAUGCUUCUUGUGGUUCCUCUGUCAUCCCGUCCUCGUCCUCUUGUCUGUUGUCUUCAAUGAUCACCAGAAGGAGAAGGUGGUGACUAUCGGCGUGAUCCUCUGCCAGUCCAUCUCCAUGGUGAUCCUCUACCAGCUCUUCCUGUCUCGUUCUCUCUACUGGGAGGUCUCCUCUCUCUCCUCUGUGUCGCUACCGCUCACCAUGUCCAGGACGAACCACAGGGGGCGCUACUAAGCACGUCCACCAGCUUCACCUGAUCGUCACGGGGAAGGGAGAACGCAGAGGCGUCACCUCCCUUAACCUCCCACCCUGUCAGAAAAGGGAGGGAGCAACGAGAAGAGAGAGGACGAGAAGUGCUGUCACACUGCAGGGACUGUUCUCCUGGGAGAAUAAUAAUGGCCACUAGUGAGCAAGUUAACAGAGAGUGACCAGAGGAAGAUAUUUACAGCAACACCCUACCUCUAGUGACAUAUGAUUUUUGACUGGAUCCAACAUCAACAUUGGAACAGAGCUGCUGAGCAGGAUGAAAGGUAUUUAAUACAGGACCACCUAGAGAAGGGACACAUGGCUUUCAAGUAGUUUCUUGUGCUUUCCAUGACAUGUGCGAUGUCACAAUGAACAGCCAAAGUACGAUUUCAAAACAGACAAACAUUGAGAUUUUAAGGAUGAAUCAGCCGGCAAGGUAGGUGUCAAAGAAUGAAAAGAUUUACCUUGUUGUGUUCAAGGAAACUCCUCCGCAAGGACACAAAUGCAGUCUUUGAUAAUCACACAAAUAGUGGAAUCACAGACUCACUAUUUAGGGAAAUACAAAGUACAGGGGAGCGUUACACCACUGCAGCUGUUUAGAGAUGCAGGGAUUUCAUUUGGAGUACAGACUGGAGUAGUUUGCUAGUACAAAUUACUAAAAGCAUCCCUGUCAUUGAACAUAUCCUCCUCAUUAAUCCAGACUCGGAAGAAAAAUGAGAGAAAAUAGCAGCACACAGUGAGGAAAGUUGUGUCAACAAAUCCCAUGAAAAGACGAAAACCAUCAGUCUCACUACUUUCUGACUUCCUGACCUUGAUUUUUUGUGUUUUAAAUAGUCAUAAAUAUUUAAUUUAAUUUUUAAAAAAGGCUCAAAAAUUUCCCCAAACAGCUGGGCACUGUAGUUUUUAGCAAAGAAAUACUAAAAUAGGAGUAAAUGGUAUAUUUGUUAGGGACUAUUUUCAGCUGCAGAUUAAUACACACUUGGCACUUUAGUGAGUAUUUACGGCAGCAGGACGGUGUGUGUGAGAUUGAGUCAAAAACUACAGUGCCCAUGUUCAUUAUGAUGUCCAUGAUGUGUAAAAA